AUGCGCAGAUGCUUUGAGCAUACCCAGCUGAGAAGAUCCUUCCACUGCUGCCACCUGGCAGCGCGAUUCACGCCACAACUUCUUCGAUCCCGCAGGACCUCGCCGAAGACGGAACAUGUCGUCCAAGAUGCCCUUCCUGGACUCAACACUCGGUCGAUUUCAUCCUCGGCUCGAAGUCCAAGUCAACAUAUCUCGCCGACUGCGUGGCCGGACGAUUCCUCUCGUGUCCUAACGAACGAAGUUGAACCGGGGGUGGCGCAGGAAACCGGCAUAGACCCCAGCGAUGCACAACAUACCGGCCCCGGCCACUGGGUAUCUUUGCUGGAACAGUUCUUGCCCAAGGAGCUGAGACGUGCUGAAAAACAUGAAUCUCCAAUCACCUCUCAAAAUGGCUCAGACUUUAGCAGGUUGCUUGAGAUUCUCACGGCCGCCAAAUCCUCUGCAGAAGUUGACCUCCUGGGCGUGAUGGUACUCAGCCAGCGCCGUUACAAGGCAGCGAUGCACCUGGUAGAGGUGCUGCUGAACCCUCUUAGUGCGGUACCGAGUGUCCCUGCUGAGGAGCACCUACCAUCCAACAUCAUUUGGCCGGCUGAGUCUCUUUCCAAGCGAUUACGGCAGCCAGUUGAGCUUGAUCACGAGUUGCACAUCGACAAACGAGUGGCACUGGCACUGAUGCGGGCGUCUCGAAGCGCCGUCAACGAGACCGACCGUGAGAGCGUGUUGGAGAACGUCUGGCCUUUUCUAGCCAAGCUAGUCAUAGCGUCCACCAAAUGCCCACCAGAGGAGGCCAAGGAUCUUAUGAGUACCGUACACCAGAUCCUAGCUCGCAUGCAUAGUCUAGAUCUUGUCCCGUCGGCGGUGUACUCCUACGCUCUCCCCCAAGGAACCACUACCGUUCAGAGACCGCCAAUCCUCAAUCUCUUGAAUUCAAGAAUCCUGUCCUCCCUUUCAGAUGCAGUGUGGCGCGCGCAGCAGGACGAUGCAAUUGCACAAGCACUGAAAGACGGGACAUCAUUCCGGGAGGUCUCUCACCACCCACCCGGGGGUCGCUUCCGUCUCAGGGUGAGGGAGCUUGGACCGGAGGUGUGGUUGGAGUUCAUCCUGUGGUGCUGCAUCGAAAACGGUCUCACAUCGGCUGGGACCCGGAUUAUCAACAUGUUGCAGGAAGAUAGCGAAAGCCGAUGGUCCGCUGUACAUUGGACUGCAGGUCAUGCUAUGGACAACAAGACCCCCCCGAUCGAUUGGGAUAGGGUCAAGCGCCGCCAUGGUGGUCCUGUCGGCCAGAGAGAGGCUUACAGCGGCGAUCAACCGUUCGUGGAGAUGCCGCAUAGAACGAUCAGCGCUGAGGUUGUCCUUGCUCUCAUCGAAUGCUUGAUCAACAGUCUGGAUGCACGGCUGAGUAGCGUAAGUUCAUCCGUUGAAGAUGUUGCCGGCACAAUCGGCCAACUGGUCUCAUUCCUGGAACCGCAUGGACUUUCUCCAGCAUAUUUCGACUAUCUUACGGUCCGGUUUCUGCAAACCGAGGCAGUGGGCACACAAGGAGGGCCAGAUACACUCCGAAACUGGGGGUUGAUCUUGGCUCACUUACGCUCUCUUGAGACUGUCAAACCGCAGACACGAUCACGAGCCAACUUCGACUAUGAUGCAAUAACAGAGCGGUCGGAAUUGCAAGCGGGAGUGCUGCACCAGGCAUUGCAAGUCUACAUUGGGUUGAAUCUCGUCACGAAAGCUGUCGACACCUUCACGGACAUUCAAAAGCUGGUCGACGCGAGUAAAUUGGAGACCAUCGGCGAAUUUCUGUCUUUGACAAUUCGUCCUCGACAUGGAUUUUUCACGUCCCAACCAAGAGGUCAAGUCGACUUUGCCAAUUCACAUGGUCAACUUCCUAUAUACAAGCUGGCACCUUUCCUCAAGAUGGUGGCUAAUGCCAAACUGUUCGGCUUGGGGGAUUGGCUGCUCUUUUCGGAGGAUGUUGAUGGACCUCUCAUACCAUUUUCGGCAUACCGCCAACCUUCGAUCGCGAUCGCGGUUUGCCGGUAUGCUGCAGCCAAAGAGGACCCCUCACUUAUCCAGUCGAUUCUCCUUGUCCGAAGAGACUCGAGGAGAAGACUUACUGUGAACCUGUUGAGAGCGCUUGUCACCUUCCAUAUCACCGCUCGAGAUUGGGACACGACAGUCUACCUUCUUCGGGAGUUGAGAUCUGCCGAAGGUGGUGGGUACAGCCCAUCUAUUAUUGCGCAUCUUGCGGCCGCAAUUUUGCGACUGGAGACAGAGCCACCGAACGCCGGCCGUGACAGCCAUCUCGCGCAAGCGACUGGGUUACUGCAAGACAUAUUGGAAGGCCAUUACAAUCCUUCUGCAAGUGAUUUCCGAAUCGCUCAAAAGGCCGGUUUCAAACGACAGACCGGGCUUCUGCUACGGUUCUUGGAGAAUGUGCCGGACAGUGAGGUACCUGCCAUUUCAGACCGGUUCAGGCGACUCUUUCCCCUGAGCAACGAGGCUCUGCUGACUACUGACACGUUCAAUAUUCUGCUUUCGGCUGUUGUUGAUACUCGAGGAGCUCUAGAGGGCCGGCGUAUGUGGGAUAUGUUUUGCAAAUAUCAAACAUCCUACGACGGAAAUGAUGGUACAACUGAACAUGAUCAAUCCCUCGCCGAAUCCAGCUCGAACACGGGUCGCAGCGCAUCAGAUCGAAUAUCUUGGGGAGGAAAUGCUUUCGCGGCGUCCCCUGCUUUAUCAACAGGCCAUACUUUGUCAAGCGCGGUGGUCGGGCGCCCUUCGGAUGCAGGUAUGGACGCGAGGUCUGAAGAGAUUCCUUUCGAUGAACCAGAUACAGGCGAAGAAGGCUCCUCCACCGACCCGAUUGUUGCUCCGAACAUGCGGACACUGCAGAUCAUCGUGAGGGGAGCUCUGGCAGAAAUCCAGGCGGGGUCUGGAGUUUCAAGAGAGGUGUAUGAAGAGCUCGACCAGCUGCUUCAAUGGGCCAGGCCUCUGUUCAAAGCGUUCAAACUGUCAGAUGAAGACAUUGAACUGGAGCUGCGCAUUCCAGGUUCCUUGCCUGCAGCCUUCGCUCGACGGUCACGGCAUAUCAAGCGACAGAAGCGAAGACAGAGGGUGCAAGAGAAGAAUCGCCCAAGUGUGGGUAGUCAGUUCACCAACGGAGCACUAAUGCCGAGGCCAGCAGUUCGCCGAAGACAGAAGCAACCCACUGUCUCAAAGUGA